UAACAACCUACAGUGUGCGAAAUCCCCGAGUUUUUUUAUAAGAGUAGACGAGCAAUAUAUUUCCUAAAAUAAUAAAAAAGUAGUGAAGAACAGUGAAGAAUUCCAGUGUAAAUCGAAGAAAAAAAGUGUAUUUUUGUUGAUCAAGCAUUCUGAUGUCCAGCCAUCCUGUCAAUGUUAUUUAGCAUCAUAAAAUCUGAUAAUUUUUUAGUUAGUAUGUUAGUAAUAUUAGCAUAUAACAAUUAAUGUUUUCUCAGAAAAGAAUGAAGUCUAAUUGAAACAUAAAUCCUUCAAGUUGUAAUGAUUUUGGAUGCAUUUAAUAAAUUCCUACAGUAAUAUCAAUGUAGUCUGGAAAUGGUGUGUAAAGAGGAGGUUUUAUUAUGGUUUAAGGACUUGGAUAGUCAUAAUAGAAUAGAUUUGAUGUAUGAGUUACUAAAUAUGUGUUUACCAUUUGAACUGCGUUUCUUUGGAUCCUGCAUUGAAGAAUUAGGAAAGCAUACUUAUCUAGAUUUACGGGCACACACGAUUACGGCAAACGAUUUAGAAAAAUUAUCUAAGGAUGUGUCAUUCAACCCAGGCAUAUUGGACGAGAGUGUGCGGCAUAGGAUAAUAAUAUGUCUUUCAGUGCUUUCAUCCAGAAACUAUAGUGUUGCCAAUUGGUUUUUUAUGAAGUUAUUAAGGACAGACUCUAUUGAAGAGUAUUUAAAAGAUAAAGAGCAUGAUGAAAUGUUACAUAGUGAAUUUUUAUUGUUAUAUACAAUGGCAUUACACCAUCCUGCAUUUACAUUUGAACACAAACAGUUUUUCAGUAAGGUGCUAUUGAAUUUAGUUGAGUAUAGGGAAUAUAGGGUAUCUGCUAAACAUAGUGUUCUUGGAUAUCCUCCUGGAUUUGGAUAUCCAACACUGAAGCCCUUGGAAGUUCCAUUGGUACCAGUUAAGACUGCUCCAACAACAUGUGGCGAUUCAACUGCGAUAUUUCACACUCCACCUGGUCUACCACCAAUGCCACCACCCCCACAGUUAGAUUUUCCAAUGACUCCUCUAUGGAAUAGACCAGGAUUUCCUUAUGGUGCUCCGGAGGUUCCACCUUUCCCCGCACCUACCACCAUUUCACCACUAGUCAGUCAGGCAGCUUCACCAAGUCAAAGCCGAAGCACAUCACCACAUCGGACACAAAUAGUGAGACCCCCUCCUCCGCCUCUUCCUGGUGGAAUGCAGCCACCAUUACAACCUCCCAAUGUGCCACCACCUUUAAACGUACCUCCACCUCCUCAGAAUAUGGAAAUCAUCGGUGGACCCAUAGUUCCUACACAACUUUCUGUGGAUCCCCCUCCACAGUCGAUACCAGUAGUUUUUAAUCCUCCUCCUGAAUUAAAGACAAUCGAGGAUGAUUCGGUAAAGGUAAAAAUACAUUGA